GGCAGACCGGGCGACGACUUAGCUCACGAAUUGUGGAGCACAAAAGGGCAGUGCGGACUGUCCCAGAUCGCUACCCACACCCUGGAAGAAGGCCACCAAUUCGACCUCUCGGGCACACGGAUAAUGGCACGAGCCAGUAAUAAGACUGGUCGAGAACUGCUGGAAGCCUGGGUGUCAGAUUCUAACUUCAUCAACAGGCAUGUGGAUAUACCUCCCUGUAACUUUGCCAUCCGUACUCGCGACCAGAAACCGCGGCCCGGUUCCCGUACAAACAUGCAGGCUGUCACUUUAAGGCCACAAGCCACAACUACAGGGACGCGCGUAGACGACACACGAAAAGACGGCGUGAGCAUGGACGUGGCAUGGGCAUUGACCAAUCACAAGUGCGAACCCCACCUCCAUUUACGCGUAGCUAACUCUUGCUGUUUCUCACUUUCUCUGACGAUGGCUUCUCGUAUGGAGUCGAAAGCUAAGACGAAUAAAAUUACCGUUCCAGAGAUCGCGUCUUCUGCUUCUUUACAACAGGAAUUUUCGUUGCUGGGAUGGUUUGUGAAUAGGUUUGGUCAAGGCGUCUUCUUGGGUGUUCACUGGCGCAUGGCCUUGAAAGAGAACUUUGCAGAACAAGGUUUUCUUUCCCACAGCUAUCCUAGUUUCUACAAACUCAUGCUUCUACUAGAAGAGGUCCAGGGUAAGUACUUCACUCUAUCGGCCUCGCUCUCUCAGCCCAAAUCUUUUUUCGUACUGAUUGCCACCGACAGGAUAACGGGCCGCAUCAGCAAAUAUUCUUACUUUGCGUGGAGCAAACUUUCGGCGUUUUAUGCAGUGAAGGGCCAAAUCCACUCUCCUUCCUACCCGGAUGAUCUCAACAGGUUUCGCUUGGUUGCAUUCAAGAUGAUUUUGUUUAUACUAUGGAUCUCCGGGCCCACCGAAGAGUGA